UGAUUUUGCCAGUGUUACUAUUUCAGUGAUAUGUUCAAAAGUAAUAAAACGCGCUCGAUAUCCCUGUUUAUUUUAUUGACCACUCGCCAGAUGUUUGCGCAUUGUUUUUCAGUGCGCAGUAGUUUCUCUCUCGUGAAAUCGGGAUUCUGAUUUAGUAUUAUAUCUAUUCUGCCAUUUUGAAAAUAGUGGCGUGUAUGGAUUAGACCUAGUGUUUUUUAUGUGACAAAUAUGUCCGGGAGCAAUGAAAAAGUUUCGACUACGCAGCGUAUGAUCCAAAGUGUUGCUUUCCCUCCCAGCCAUAAGCUCACUGUAUCUGAAGUAUUCGAUGAGAAAACUGGGAAACCUCUACCAGAUGUACUGAAGCAACAUUUUAUCUUAGAGGGUAGGAUUGAGGAAAAUGCGGCUUUACGAAUUAUUCAAGAUGGUGCCACCCUUUUGCGAUCAGAAAAAACUAUGAUCGAAAUUGAUUCACCGGUGACCGUGUGCGGGGACGUCCAUGGCCAGUUUUACGAUUUGAUGAAAUUAUUCGAAGUGGGAGGUUCUCCUUCAUGCACCAAGUAUUUAUUCUUAGGUGAUUAUGUCGAUCGAGGUUAUUUUAGUAUAGAAUGUGUACUCUACCUUUGGGCUUUGAAAUUAUGUUACCCGAAGACAUUAUUUCUGUUACGCGGCAAUCACGAGUGUCGACACUUGACAGAAUAUUUUACCUUCAAACAAGAAUGUAAAAUCAAGUACUCAGAGAAAGUGUACGAUGCUUGUAUGGAGGCUUUCGAUUGCUUACCUCUUGCUGCUCUUAUGAACCAGCAGUUCCUAUGUGUACAUGGAGGGCUAUCUCCAGAAAUCAACAGCUUAGACGAUAUUCGUAAACUAGAUAGAUUCAAAGAACCACCUGCAUUUGGAGCUAUGUGUGAUUUGCUGUGGUCAGAUCCUUUGGAGGAUUUUGGAAAUGAGAAAAAUGCUGAACAUUUUUCGCACAACUCUGUGAGAGGUUGUUCAUAUUUCUAUAGCUAUGCUGCUUGUUGUGAUUUUCUCCAAAGAAAUAAUUUAUUAUCUAUCAUCCGUGCACAUGAAGCCCAAGAUGCUGGCUACCGAAUGUAUCGUAAAAGCCAAACAACUGGCUUUCCAAGUCUUAUCACCAUUUUCUCUGCUCCUAACUACUUGGAUGUUUACAAUAACAAAGCUGCUGUUCUCAAGUAUGAGAAUAAUGUCAUGAACAUCAGGCAAUUUAACUGCUCACCCCAUCCAUAUUGGUUACCCAACUUUAUGGACGUUUUUACCUGGUCUCUUCCAUUUGUUGGUGAGAAAGUUACAGAAAUGCUGGUCAAUGUCUUAAAUAUUUGUUCUGAUGAUGAGCUUAUGUCAGAAGGUGAUGAUGCAUUGGAGGAAGCCAAUCUCAGGAAAGAAGUCAUACGUAACAAAAUUCGUGCCAUUGGAAAGAUGGCUCAUGUGUUCUCUGUGCUACGUGAAGAAAGUGAAUCUGUACUCCAGCUUAAAGGGCUCACACCUACUGGUGCAUUACCUCUUGGAGCCCUAUCUGGAGGAAAAACUUCAUUAAAGAAUGCUCUACAGGGCUUCUCUCCUAACCACAAGAUUACCUCUUUUGCUGAGGCUAAAGGGUUGGAUGCCAUUAAUGAGCGUAUGCCACCGCGGCGUGACGGUCAGCGCACACCAGAUGUACAGGACAAGAAACCACAUGUUAACAGCAAUGCACACUCGUGAAGUGCUCCUUGAUGCUUCUCUUCGAUCCGUACUUGUUUGUCCACAAUAGGAGUGGUGGUGAAAUAUGUGUGAAGGAGACUUAAGCUUUGGAAUGAUAUUUCACUUUCAUGAUAACUAGGUGGAUUUGAAGGGAAUUGUCAUAGAUACUAAAUAUUUUAAAAUUUGGAUUUAACUUUUUUUCAAUAGAUAAAAUUAAAAUUUCUCUUAAGAUAUUAUCUUUCGAUAUUUAAAAUAUAUCAGAUCUGCAGGCAACAAAUUUGUUUAGUCAAUUAAAUAAUAAGGUUGCACAUUUAUUUAUAAUGCGCUGCACUGUUUAAUUUUUGGUAAUGUAAUUUUAAAUUUUUCAUAUGAAAAGACAUGAUAUUGUAAUAUAAAUUUAUUCAGAUUAUCUUCUUAUAUUCUACAUUGUUAUCUACAUUAGUGAAAAUUAGACAUGUCUAUAAUUUUCAAAGCAUAAUUAGCUGUGAUAUUAAGCGAAGAUCAAUGUAUUAUUUAAUAGCAAUUUGCUAGGGGAGUACAGGCAUGUUCAUUGGCUAAUCAUGCAUUGAAAUUGUAAAGUAAGUGGUGAAGUUCUCAGCUUGGGCGUGUCUUUAUAAUCUAUUAAGUAAUAAAUAAUUAUGUACUAUAGUGUUCAGCACAUGGUGUAUUGUUGCCGAACGUGUGUGCUGUGUAAAUAUGCCUUGUGCGUACACACACGUUAUUGCAGCUUUAACACUUGAGAUAAAUAUUACUCUCUUUAAUAUCUUUGCUACAAGUUGUACUUAAUUGUAUUUUAUUGUACAAAAUAUAUUAAAUUACUAUCUAAAAUAUACUUAAAUUAAUUUAUAUUUGGAUGUAUGCUGGCUCCUUGUUGCCUGCAUGCAGCUGAACUUGUAUGCUGGAACAUCACAUAUUAAAGUUUCUUAGUCAUAAUGUUUCGGUAUAUAAGAUGUAGCGGCUAGUCUAAUUGCAGAUUUUCUUACAGCUUCUAUUUCAUAUUUCACUUAAUUAUUAAUAAUUAUAAAGGUUUAAUGACCUAUGCACUGUUGGAAAAUCUCUUUUGGUCUGCCAAAUAUUCUUGAUGCAAUAAGUUAACAUUGUGAAUACUACAAGUGGCUUACAUAACUUUCAAAGUCAGUUACUAAGACGUAUUUUAUCUCAAUUUGGUGUGUAGUCCUUCAUAUGUUUCUGUACUUUUAAAUAAAUUCUACCUAUGUAAAACUAACAAUAUAUUUAAUUUUAUUUUGUACUAAUCAUGGGAAGUGUUGUUUUAUCCUUAUAAAAUAUAUUAACAUUGAGCUCCAUUAAA